UUCUCUUGAGCUAUAAAACAAUUCUUAAUCUUACUCUUACUAUACUAUCAUCUUAAUUACUAGACCAUUUUUUGUUUGAAAACCUCAUCUCCUUCAAUAUGUCUUUAAAACUACUUACCAAUAAUAAUGAAAAGCAUCAUUAUUUGGAUCUAAGUUCAAUGAAAGAAUUGCCUGAUUCAUAUGCAUGGUCACUAAUGGAUGAUAAUAAUCAUGGCUACAAAUCAUCAUCAACUAAUUGUAUUUCAGAUGAGCCAGUUCCUUUAAUUAAUCUCAAAGAUCCAAAUGCCAUAAAACACAUUGGCCAUGCAUGCAAAACAUGGGGUGUGUUUCAAGUCAUUAACCACGACAUCCCAACCGCGGUUCUUGAUGACAUGGAGGCGUCCGGGAGAAAGCUGUUUGCUCUCCCGGUUCAACAAAAACUUAAAGCGGCUCGAACCCCAGAUGGGGUUUCGGGCUAUGGUGUUGCUAGGAUAUCUUCAUUUUUUCCAAAACUUAUGUGGUCAGAAGGUUUCACCAUCAUUGGAUCACCAUAUGAACAUGCUCAAAAUCUUUGGCCACAAGAUUACAAAAACUUUUGUGAUGUAAUUGAAGAGUACAAGAAGGAAAUGAACAAACUAGCCAAUAGGCUAAUGUGGCUAAUAGUUGGAUCAUUGGGUAUCACAAAGGGAGACAUUAAAUGGGCCGGGCCAGCAGGAGACCUAAAAGAAGCAUGUCCUGCAUUGCAGUUAAAUUCUUACCCAGCUUGUCCCGACCCAGACCGAGCCAUGGGUCUGGCGGCUCAUACGGAUUCAACCCUUCUCACAAUCUUGCACCAAAGCAAUACAAGUGGAUUGCAAGUUCAAAGGGAUGGAAUUGGGUGGGUCACGGUGCCACCGAUGCAAGGCGCACUUGUGGUUAAUGUAGGUGACCUACUUCAUAUACUAUCUAACGGCUUGUAUUCAAGUGUUCUACAUCGGGCCAUGGUUAACAAAACUCAUCACCGGCUUUCCGUAGCUUACUUAUAUGGUCCACCAUCAAAUGUUCCGAUUUCACCACUAUCUAAAUUAGUAGACAACGUUCAUCCUCCUCUCUACCGGCCAGUCACUUGGAGCGAAUAUCUUGGUACUAAGGCAAAGCACUUCAAUAAGGCACUUUCGUUCGUUCGUUUGUGUGCACCUAUGAAUGGAUUAGUUGAUAAUAAUGAUCAUAAUAGUGUCCUUGUUGGUUGAAUAAAA